AUGCAGCAGUACAAAAAUGUCUCUGUGAUAGUCAGUGAGAUUUUACUGGAGUGUGGCUGAACUCAAUUUCAAAAAAAAAAGCAAGAUGACUCAGAGUGGAACCUGUGCUGUUGGAACUCCCCUUUCCACAUGACAGACCACCACAGCAUUAAACCGUGGCAGAGAUUCAAUCACUGUCCAGCAGCUGUCCAGAUCACCAGAACAGACUGCUUGGCAAGGCAUCAGAAAUGUAUGAAAGGAGCAUAAGGAUAGGUUCUGUAUGAAUUUAGUCCAGUGGCAUUCAUCUUGCCUAAUGACUGUGUUAAAUUUGGAGCAGAAUACAGCAAGGAGAGACAAUCAGUAGGCGAAAAACACAGCUAUUGUAUUUGCAAGCCUGUGGAUCUCUCCUGUGGAAGGGGCAUACUCAUUUUCCAAAACAUUAUAGACUUAGUAUAUGACUGUACAGUUAUUGUGCAGAAGUACAUUAGUAACUCUUUGCUCACUUCAGGGUAUAAACUGGAACUGCACCUUUAUGUAUGUGUGAUCAGUUCUUUCUCCUCACCGUUUACAGUCAUGAGGAAAGUCUAGUGAGGUUUUGCUACUGAAAAGUUCGACUUUGGUUCUCUGGACAAUGUUUAUUCCCACAAACACUGACCAGCAUCAACAGAUACAGAGUUUCAUGUAAAAAAAUACAAAGGGAUUAUCUGUGGCUGCAAAUGGAUGUUCAGUGAAUGUCGUUCUUACCUUUGAAUAUUUGGUAUUGAUGGCAUGGUCCUCUGGCAGAUGAUCAAUAACACAGUGAUUCUUACCCUGCUUGGUGUUAUCCCCUUACCAAUGGAUUCCAAUUGCUUUGAGUUCUUUGGCUUUGACACCCUGGUUUAUGACCAAUUCAAGCCACAACUUUUAGAAAUCAUGCAUCCAGCCUUGUGUUUCAGCUGUUCCAUUGAUGACACUGUGAGAAGAAAACUUUUUCACAAUAUUGCUGAACUGCUGAACUACAAGCAGAUUGAUAUUUUCAGGCAAAACCCAGUAGCUGGAAUAAAGAUUGGCAGAAGGUGUGUGCCCCAGACCACAGGUGAUGAGAGUGCCUGGCUUACUCACUUGUGA